CGGAGUGAUUGUAGUAUUUUUUACCAUCGAAAAUUAUCAUGACCGAACCGUAGCACUCAUACGGACUACUAUUGCUAAGAAUAUAAUCUUAUGUCGCGCUUUGAUCGCUACAUUACUACAUUAUUUAUAACAGUGUUAUUUUUAAAUUUUAUCCCCGCAAUUUUAUCAAGCCACGAUGCAUCGGCAGGCGCUCGUGGGAACUAUUUCAUCCAUAAGUGGAUUAUAAUAAAGAUGCUCGAGUUUUGGUGAAUGUGUCGAGACAAUGGUGUAUCGAUUAUUUUGCGCAAACGAAAUGUCAUCCCGGUGCCGUAGUGUUAAUAUUAGAAGUCUAUGUUUGUGACCACGAUUACAAUUGUCUAGUUACCGAAUCUGAAAUAUUCGUGCUCAAAGUAACGGUUUUAUUUCAAUUUAAACUAGAACAGUGAGUAUCGUGUGUUAAUCAUGGCAAAUCCGAAUCGCGAUGGUGUCAGCACGCGUUUCUCUGAUAACUAUGAUCUUAAAGAAGAACUGGGAAAAGGAGCAUUCUCUAUCGUGAGACGAGCUGUCCAGAAGUCGACGGGAUAUGAAUUCGCUGCCAAAAUAAUCAACACUAAGAAGCUCUCAGCCAGAGAUUUUCAAAAAUUGGAAAGAGAAGCCCGAAUUUGUCGUAAGCUGCAACAUCCUAAUAUUGUAAGACUACAUGACUCCAUUCAAGAGGAGCAUUUUCAUUACCUCGUGUUCGAUCUCGUCACCGGCGGGGAACUGUUUGAAGACAUCGUGGCACGUGAGUUUUAUUCUGAAGCUGACGCUUCUCACUGUAUACAACAAAUUUUGGAGUCCGUUCAUCACUGCCACCAUAACGGGGUAGUGCAUAGGGAUCUGAAGCCUGAGAAUCUGUUAUUGGCUAGCAAAGCUAAAGGGGCUGCAGUCAAGUUAGCCGACUUCGGCUUAGCUAUUGAAGUGCAAGGUGACCAGCAGGCAUGGUUUGGGUUCGCGGGAACUCCUGGAUAUUUGUCACCUGAAGUACUCAAAAAAGAACCAUAUGGUAAACCAGUAGAUAUAUGGGCGUGUGGAGUGAUUCUUUAUAUUUUGUUGGUCGGCUAUCCACCUUUCUGGGACGAGGACCAGCACCGGCUUUAUGGACAAAUUAAAGCAGGUGCCUAUGAUUACCCAUCUCCUGAAUGGGAUACUGUAACGCCUGAGGCAAAGAGCCUUAUAAACCAAAUGUUAACCGUUAAUCCCAGUAAGAGGAUUACUGCAUCUGAAGCUUUGAAGCACCCAUGGAUUUGCCACCGCGAACGCGUGGCAUCUGUGAUGCACAGGCAAGAGACUGUAGACUGCUUGAAGAAGUUCAAUGCUCGUCGCAAACUAAAAGGCGCCAUUCUAACUACUAUGCUUGCUACCCGAAACUUCUCUGGGAAGUCUAUGGUCAACAAAAAAGGAGACGGCUCACAAGUAAAGGAGUCGACUGACAGCAGUACUACUUUGGAAGAUGAUGAUCUGGAUAAGGAUAAGAAGGGUGUAGACCGUGCUUGCACUGUAAUCUCCAAAGAGCAUGAUGACGAAGGACUUACUAAAGCUGAUUCAUUCGGCAAAGCCCGAGGUGAUAGCAAUGCGUCACAGCGUCGCUCAGAAGUAAUCAAAGCCACAGAGGUACUUAUAGAUGCUAUUAACAAUGGCGACUACGAUACAUAUUCCAAAUUAUGUGAUCCUAAUGUGACUGCUUUUGAUCCUGAUGUACUAGGUAACAUGGUUGAAGGAGUAGAAUUUCAUAAAUUCUUUAUUGAUAACACUCCUCAGCACGUAAAGGCCAAUACAACCAUACUUAAUCCUCGCGUCCACCUUAUUGGUGACGAUGGAGCUGUUAUAGCAUAUGUGUGUGUGACGCAGAGCGUCGAUGCCGAAGGUCGGCGAACCACACAACAAACUAAAGAAACUCGUAUUUGGCACAAACGCCACAACAAGUGGACAGCGAUACAUUUUCAUCGCUCCUAACUAGUCUCUUUUUCGAUCCCAACUUUUACGCCGAAGGAUGUUGGUCUAACGAAGCAAAGUAUUUGUAAUGGUGAAGCCAUAGCAACACGCGUAAGUUCAAACAUAAAAUAUAUAAUAUGAUUAGACCCUUCAAAAGUCCUACGGCAGCAACGUAAAUUAUAAAUAAAUACUUAAUAUCCAAUUCUGCUAUAAAAUUACACGAAUUUUAUUAGAAAUUCUUUGUAAUCUCAAGGAAUUAUGUUAAUUACAUAUAGGUAAAUGUUAUUAUCUACACCAAUAUAAGCAUUUCAAAAGUUCUUAUAACGUUAAAAGUCACUAUACUAUAUUAAAAUCUUUUACAUCACAAUGUGACUAAAAUGUGAUACCGUUUAAAUACCUAAUGCUUUGUACUAGUUCUAGUAGAGUGUACAACCAUUCUGAUCUCCACGAUCGAAACAAACAUCGAGGCAAACGUACCGAUGUUAUAUUAAAAUUCUCGAUCUAAUCAAAGUCAGAUCUGAUAAAAAUGAAUCUAUAUUGAAUAUAAAAGAUCGACAAGAAUUUCAAGAAGUUUAGAAUUAUUAGCACAUUUCUCAGUAAGUCUCUCUACAUUUUUAACUAUGAAUGUUUUGUCGUGCUUAAAAAUGGUGUUCUAUUUGUUAUCAAAUACCUAGUUAGUAAGGUUUAAGUAACUGAUGGUACAGUUAUUGGCACUACGCAUCUUACAGUGAAUGUUUCUAUAGAAUAUUCGUAAGAUUUUACUUCAACUAGCUAUUAGCUUGAGUGGAUUCCUUGUAACAUUUUACAUAUUUUAAGUGAAAUUAUAUCAAUUUCGUCAAUUUUAGAUUUAUUCUCAAUGUUGUUGUAUUAUUCAGCUUUUUAUUUAUGUUGCGUUAUUAUUGUUCAACGAGUACAUUGUUAUUCCUGGUUAUUAAAAUAUGUAUUACUUACUUAUAUUCAUGCGAUAGCUAAUAAUUUGAAAGUGAAAACUGUGCAAGAGAAUGGUCUGGUUGUUGGUACUUUAGCCACUAAUAAGAGGAGCUUUGUCAACCGUGAUAUUAAUGUGUAUUAAGAAAUAAAGUGUUUUUUGCACAGUUUCACUUAAGAAAAUGUGCUUUAACUAUUGGAUCUAAACCUAACUGUAAGUCUGCAGUAAAUUCAGUAUUUCCUAGAAAUAUAUUUAGAUAUAAAUAACAUUGAACCGUGUUUUUUACAAUUUUGUAACAUAUUUUAGGAUUUUAGUAUAGUUAGCAACACUUAAUUUGUAUAAACCUGAAAGGAGUUGGAAUUGUAAUUAUAAAAUGCAAUGCAUA